AUGAUGCUGAUAUCAGGCUGGAGCACAAGUUUGGUGCUGGAAAAUGUGCGUGUGAAAGUCGAGGCCUUCGAGUACCUGCAGCUUCCCUUCAACGUCAGAGAGGGAUGCAUCGGCAGGCUGGAGAUCCAGGUGCCCUGGCGAGCCCUGCAGAGCAGACCUGUGGUGCUGCACCUGUCAGAUGUCUGGCUCUGUGCCUGCCCACGAACAGAGGCGGAGUGGGAGGAGGGCAUGGCUGGCCAGCGAGCCCAGGCAGCCAAGCAGGCAGAAUUGGCAGCUCUCGAUCUCAUCCGCCUGUCCAAGCCUGGUGGGAAGGGGGCAGCAGCUGGCAAUGAGGGCAGCAGCCUGGCAUCCUCAUUCCUGUCCCACCUGGGCACGAUGCUGCUCAACAGGCUGCAGAUGACCAUCCGCAACAUUCAUGUCUGCUUCAAGGAUGACGCCACCACUCCUGGCACAGAAGUUGGCUUGCGCUUGCAACUUCUGGAGACAACAGAGCUCUCCAGUGCCCGCCUAGGGGCUGCGCCUGGGGGGGCAAAGCUGGUGAAGGAUAUGCAUGUGGAGGGGCUCAGUCUGUACUGGAAGACAGCAGACUCCUUUGCGAAGGAUGAGAAAGCCGUGGACACUGUCGGGGCCUGGCUAGAUACCAUGGAUGCCACCUCAGGCAUGCAGCACCAGCAUGACCCUUUGGAGGGCGCCAUAUUGCCAUGCCUGGACUGCAAUAUGCGCCUGACCAUGUCCUCAGGGGGUGAGGAGACAGUGUGCGGCACCACAGUCCUUGUGCAGCGAUUAGAGAUGCAAGUAGAGCACAACCAGCUCUGCAGCAUGGUUGCCCUGGCAGACAGAGCCCUGCUAUGGUCCCUGCGCAGCAAGUAUGCCAUCCACAGGCCAGCAGGCUGGCGCUCUGAUCCUGACAGCGCUGUGCCCUCGAGGCGGCUGUGGCAGUACGCCAUCAAGGCAGUGCUGCAGGAUGUGAAGAAGCCUUCCCGAUGGCUGAGCUUUGCAGAGAUGUCCAACUGGCAGCAGCAGAGGAGGCAGUAUGAGAAGCUCCACCUUCAACGGCUGGAUGCCUUUGCAAGAGCAGGAGAGCCUGAGGUGGCUGAAGUGGCAAAGGAGCUGGAGGCCCUGGAGGCGCAGCUGCCGGUGAAUGACAUCUUGCUCUAUCGGCUGCUUGCUGAGCACAAAAUGCAGCAGAGGGAAAUUCAUGCAGCCACAGACACAGAUGCCGAGCCUGCGCAAGGUUCUUCUGAGAAUGCAAGGCAACAGAGCUGGCUGGGAUGGGGUGUCUCCAGCGUUGCUGGCUACCUGGGGUAUGUACCCUCACAGGAUGCGCCGCGGCAGCUGUCCCCGCCGAGCGAAUUAGACAUCCAGGAGCUCUUCCAUGACUUGGGCUUUGACCCUCAGACGCAAGUGGACAGCCGGGACGCCUCCAGUACUGUGGGCAUCAACCUGCAUGUCAGCGUCAAUGCCGCCAUUCUCGCCAUGUAUGAUGGCCCCGCUGCAGCGGACAACACUGGUGUGAUUUCCAUGGAGGCUGGGGAUGCAAGCAUCGAGGCACACAUGCAGUCGGGCAGGCUGCAGCUGACAUGCAGCGUGGAGGACAUAGCAGCGCAUGACCUCUGCACCCAUGGUGCAGGCAUUUCAGAGAUGCUGCUGACCAGAUGGGACAAAGAGGCUGCCUCGCCUUCGCAUGCUGACGGGGACAUGAGCUCGCCCUUUCUGGAGACACCUCCCAGCAUCUUUGCCAGCAGCUUCCUAGACCAGGACUCCAACCAAGAGCCCCAAGCACCGGCGCUGCAUGUGCAUUAUGACAGCGGAGCCCCUCGCAGCCAGAUGGAUACAUUCGGAGACGAGCAGAGCAGUGUCAGCGAUGCACAGCCCAGCAUGGAGGUGGCAGUCCAGCCGUUGCAGUUGAUACACCGCAGCGCAUGCUUUGCUCGCCUGCAGGGACUGCUUGGUGUCAUGCCGAAAGACCUGCACAGCGACGGAGUGCUGCAUGCCAUCAAUCAGAUUGCCUCGCCGGCCGGACGCGCUCUCGCAAAGGCCGAGCUUGCAGUGAAAUCCGGGCCGCCAGUUGUGGAUUUCAUGGUGGUGUCAGGCGGCAGUUUUAGCCAGGGCAAGCACGCAUAUGCUGCUCUGUGCACUGGGCCUGUGGAGCUCCAGAGUGUCCAGCAGUUGGACAAUGCGGCGCUGCAAGGCCUUGUGGCAGAGCUGCGCAAAGCAGUCCAUGCAAAUGGAGUUGAGCUGCACGUCCUAUACGAUGCGUUUGAGAUGAGCGUGGGCAGCUUGAAGCUGCAAGUCAGCAGCACAGCAGAUCCUCGGAGGAAUGCCACCCAGGUCCUUUUUCCCCUGCGCGUCUUGUGCAGCCUGCGCAUGAGCAAGCUCCCAGACCGGUUGCUGCCGCAGAUGCGGCUGCAGGUGUCAGUGGAUCCAGUGGAGGUUAGCCUCACACCUGACCAGGUGGCCUUGCUGGGCCAAAUUGCAGCGCUUGAGCAGAGGCCUGAUGUCAGCGGAGCACCUGUUGCUACUACUGCUGCUCCACCCGCCAUGGUCCGCAUAGAGACGGUGACUGCGGUGCCCAGAGUGGAAGUAACGGGCAGGCUAGCCGGGCUUGUUGCUACAUACGACGAUGGCCGAGGCGCCGACCCAGAUGCCGAUGACACCCACCUGAUGCUGCAUGCUGGGCGCUGCAGCUUUGUGGCUAAUGUCUUUGGCGAGAGCAUGCGCUGCGAGGUCACACUGAAUAAGCUGGAGGUGUCAGACAGCAGUUUUUACACUGUCUCACCGCCGCGCAUCUGGGGCACAUUGCCACGCCUGGCAGGGCGUCUGAGCAUAGAGCAGAUUGCGCUCCUUCUCGAGCAGAGCUCAGGCCUGGGCUUCAUGCUCUCUGUUGAGCUCUCUGGCGCUGAAGCAGAGGGCUUUCAAGCAGAGCCUGGCAACUUCAUCGGGAGGUCUUCCCAGCCCACAGGCCGCUCGAUCAGCACAGAGCCUGGAGGAACCUCACAGACCGAGCUGGAGCGCUGGGAAUCAGCCUCGGGAAGCUUUGAUGUGGAUGGAACGGCGACGCGCAGAAGCAGGGACGGCAGCAGCUCUGCCUCCACACAUGCAAAUGAGGCCCCACCUGACCCUGGCGCUGCCGCCCAGGAGCUGUUUGCGCUGGAUGAGGAGCUCUUUGAGAGCCCCUCCAGCGAACCAUCCGGGCAGUCCUUGGAUCGCCGCAGCACAGCGGACCAGGCCGAAGCCUCGCACAAUGCAGCGGAGCUGGAGGAUCAUGCGCAGCCGGGCAAAGCAGCAGUGGCCGAGCGCGCGGACGAGCCGCCGCCGGCGCGGCUGGACCAGUUCUCGCUGCAGAUACUGCGCUGCAGGAUUUUGUGCCCGGACUGGCGGGACACCUCCUUCGCUCCCGGCAACCCCAGGGACGCAGACGACGGCCAGGCUCUGGUGCUGGACGUGCCAGAGUUCUUGCUGCAGCUGCCGGCACAGGCGCCGAUGCAGCACCUGCAUGUCCACCCGGUGCAGGAACACCGCUCUGGCGCCCCCACAAUGCCGUCAGGCAGUGCGCAGCCAUCAGGCGGUGGCGGGCAGCAGGAUGCGGCGCCUGCAGACACCCCGCCGCAAGGCCUGGAUCCCGGGCAGCUAAUCACGGCUGGCGCGCAGCUGGGCUUCUACGUGCAGGUCUUCGACCCGGGGAAGGGGUUUGCAAGCGGCCCGCGACGGCCCUUCCUGGCAGUGCCGGAGUUUAAGAUGCUCACGCACACUGAGCCCAGGCGCGAGGAAGACCUGACGCAUGCGGCAGGGGGUGAAAAGCAGCCGAUGACGUCUUAUGCUGUCAGCCUGGACAGCCUUCAGGUGACCGCGGAACCGCACAUGCUGCAGGUGCUCAGGGCAGCUGCAGACUGGGGCAGCAGCGAGAUGGCGCACAUCCUGGGGGUGUCAGAGCAGCAGACCCCUGAGGGCACGCCUGCCCCAGGUGCACAGCAAGACAGCAGCCUCCUUGCCGGCCCGCCGUUCAGACUGAGCAUCGGUGUCAACAGCCUGUCAGUCAGGGUGAAUGGCAGCGACGAGGCGGAUCCGCCCCUGCUGCUUGGCCUGCAUGCCCUGUCAGUGGAAGCAUCCAGAGCACCGCAGAGCUUCAUGUGCGGUGCCUCCUUUGAGCGGCUGCUGCUGCACCUCUCGGGCAUGCCAGAGCCAGAAUUAGAGACCCAGGGGCUUGACAUGUCGCCCCAGAGGCCAGGGGGCCUUGCUAUGGGCCGAUCUGCAUCCGCGCCGUCCGCGUACAAGCAGAGGACGGGCACAGUACUCGAUGCGCUGCCAGCAUGGGGUGGGCUGGAUCUGGUGGAAGCUGGCAGCAGCUCCUCGCAGAGCUCAGCCACGUCCGAGACGCCGGUCCCGGCCGUCCGCACGACGUCAACAGGCCUCGCUGAGCUGGCGACCCUGGGCUCCAGCCCCGACACCUGGCCGCAGCCUGUCAUCAGCGGCCGCCGCGGCUCCGACGUGCUCUCUUGGUCCACAGCGCUCGACGCCGCCGUGCGCGACCAAGAGGAGGAGAGCACGCCCAAGUCUGCACAUGCCAGCAGCAACGGCUCGCCCAGCUUCUCGCCGGCUCUCAGCCAGCGGGACAGCGGCGACACCUUUUACAACGCCAGCUCUGGAGCCUUCUCCCAGUCCCUGCACCGCGUCAGCAGCAGCGGCACAGAGACCUCUGGAGGCUCCGGCACAGAGUGGUUCGAAGCUGCGGACUAUGACAGCGACACCAUUGGCACUGCUUCCAGCGCUGGCAUGCCCCUGGAUGUCAAUGGAGCCCUGGAGGAUGAGCGGGACAGCAGGAAGCUUCCCCUUCUGCUCGUCCAAGGCAUCGAUGAGGGGAGCGGCGUUCUGCAGAUGCCUCCAGCUGACGUGGACAGCAGCCCAGCAGGCCUCAGGGCAGGGAUGACAUGCCACAUGCAGGGGCAUGACCAGACUUCCCUGAGGAUCAAUGGUGUCCUUGUGCGCCUGUUCACACAGGGCUGGGUCACUGUGGUGCAGAGGCUCAAGAUUUGCAUGGCAGCGCUGGAGAGGGUCGAGAAGCUUCCUGCAGAGAUGCAGAGCAGAGACAGUGCUGCAGCCCUCAGAGUGGGCCUGGCACAGCAAGACGGCAACAGCGUCUCCUUGAGCAAUCAGCACGAUGCGGGCGCCAUAUGCGCGCUUUGCGAUGCCCAGGCAAGUCUGAGUCUCCCAGAGGGGUUCAGUGGGCGCGGAUCAUUGCGCAUCGGAUCCGCUUCGGUCAUGCUGAGCAGUGACACCAGCGCUGGCGACCUGCCCAUCUUUGAUGCCUCCAUCCUGGACAUAUCUGCAGAUGCCACGCUAAAGGAUGAGCAGAUCAACGGGAUUCUCAAGUCCCAAAUAUGCGCCAAUGUGUACUCCAGCCAAAAGGAUGGAUGGGAGCCUGUUGUGGAACCCUGGAGCUUUGUCGUCGAUGUCAAUGCUUUCCUCCCCAGGAGUGAGAGCGAGCCCGUUCAGCUGCCAGUCCAGCACUCCAUCGCUGUGUCAGCAAAGGAGGCAUUGGACCUGACUGCCACCUUCACCCUAGCUGAGGCCAUCCACAAGUCCAGCUGCUUGCUCGAGGAAUUGCGCAGCGUUGCAAAAUCUCCCCAGCGCCUGGAGGCUGCCCUGGAAGGCAGCCUGCAUGGGAGAGGAUGGGGUCGCGCGUCUGUGUGCCGGCUGCAGAAUGACACAGGCCUCCCUGUGCAGUGCUGGCUGGGCCCGACCCUACACCCAGAUCCAAAGACUCCAGGGGAAGAGGGUUUUAUGAUGGUGGAAUCUGGGGCGUCUGCCGCUUUGUCUCUGCAGUCUGUUGUCAGUGCCUCCUGCCGCAGCCAACUGGCCAGCUGCCCAGAGCAGUUCUUUGAUGAGCAGCCGCCCUCCUCUGCACUGGCAGCCUCUGCCUCCAUGGGAGCCCUUCAGAAGGUCACCAAUCCCAGGAGAUCGCGGCCGGCCCUCAUGGCGGUGUAUUACAAGCUGGAUGGGCAGGAGGGCGUUUGUGGGCCGCUAUCCAUUGACAGGGAGAGCCACGGCAUGCAAGAGGUUGCUGUGCGCACAGCUCGCUCCUCUGGCUUGACCAGGAUUCACCUGGCCUUUGAUGUGAGCAACAUGCGCAACAGGGAGCCUGCUGUGGUGCUGCACUCGGGAGUACAGGUGGUGAACCACACCAUGCUAAGGCUCAACAUUGGCGAGCGCACAGCUCUCAAUCGGAAUGUGAAGAUAAUACACACGCUCGCCCCCCAUGAGAGCUUCUGCCUGUCAGCCUGCCGCAGCGAGCCAGGCCUCAUCUGCUUCCAGCCAGCUGGUGAGCAGGAUGAGAACAGCCACUACCAGUGGAGCCCAUCCAUUCGCCUGCAGCCUCUGUUGGACCUCGUGCAGCCGAGCGGCGCAGGCGGCAGUGCUGAGAGGGACCCUGCUCCGCGCGUGGCCCGCCACCUUGCAUGCCAGGCAGCGCAGGGCGGCCUGCUUCAGGCUAGCUUCUGUGUCGGGGUCAUCCCAAGCCGCAGCAGAGCAGGGUGGGACCUGAUUGUCAAGGCGCCACUUGUGGUGGAGAACGCUCUUCCCAUGCCCACAGAGAUCUCCCUGAAGAGGCGUUCCAAUGAUGGCGCUCCCAGUGGCGCUCCCAUGCGCGUCUCUCUGCGGCCCCGCCAUCCUGUCUUCCUGCACCACAUGGACAUCACCCACCUGGCAGAGAUCGUCAUCCAGCCAUUCGGCUACCUGAAGAGCCCUCCUGUACGAGUACCUGCUCUGAGCAAGGCAGCUGAAGGAUCCCUAGGCGGCCCCUCACGGUCUGCUCCUGUCGAGGAGACGGCAUCGGUCAGCUUUUCAGUGACACAGGCGGGCGAGAGCCGGGGCGUUGCCACUGUGCAGCUCAGACACAUGGUGGAUGCCGAGUGCGGAAGCCACAUCCUGCGCUUGACAUGCGCCCUCUGGGUCUACAACUGCACUGGGGUGCCUCUGGCCCUGCAGCAGAGCGCGAUGGAGGAUGUUGCCAGGGACGACAAUGAGGUGAUGCGGGAUGAUGUUCCCAAGCAGUGGGUUCCGCCCUUUGAGGGCAAGCGCAGGCCCAGCAGUGCUUCGGCUGCAGCCAAGCCUCCAAAGGGGAAGCCUCCAAAGGAGGGCUCCUCUUCAGGCAGCCUGCAGGGCCUGGAGGCGGUCCUUGGCAGCGCCAGGGAAGACAGGAGUAAUCAGCCGCCAAGGAAUCGGUCAGCAAGCCGGCUCGGCGUGGCAGAGAGCUUGGAGUACCAGCCAUCCUACCUGACACCCACCAGGUGGCCCAGCAUGCAAGGGGGCAUGCCGCCUUACCGGCGGCGCGUGCGCAUGCAGCUGCGCGCCAGCAAUACGCUAGCCCCUCUCGGCCGCACCUACUGGUCUGACCCAGUGCAGCUGGACUCCCUGGGCGGCGCUGCUGUUGUCAGUGUUCCCCUGCCCACCGCUGGUCCGGCCUCUGUGAUAACGGACGACCGAUCGGCAUACAUGCUCUCCGUCACCGCCAACCAGGUGCCGGGCGCGGAUGGCGCGCUGGCCGUGAUUGUGAUGCCGCGGUACGUGGUGCACAACAGCCUGGGGCUGCCCCUGCAGUACCGGCAGCAGGGCACGGCGACUGAGAAGGAAGUGGAGCCGGGCGGUGCCAAGGCGCUGCGCUGGGCAGACGCGGACAAGCCCAAGCGGCUGUGCCUGCGCGUCCAGGAGGCCGGCUGGCGCUGGUCUGGCGGCAUCGCUCUCGACUCCCCCGGAGACCUCUUUGUGAAGAUCCGGCACCGGGACCGGGGCGUGACGAUGCUGGUGCGAGUGGAUGUGUGCGCGGCAGAGGGGGGCGUGCUGGUCAUCAAUGUCAGCCACCAGGCUGCCGGCUUCACCCCGUACCGACUGGACAACUGCUCCCCUGAGGAGCUGCGCCUCAGGCGAGAGGAUGUGCUGCGACCAUAUUCGCACCUCAACUACGCCUGGGAUGAGCCCUCGCUGCCGCACAAGCUCGUGCUGUCGCUGCCAGGCAACCGUGUCCUUGGCACCUUUGACCUCGAUAAGGUUGGGCGGUCCCAGCUGGUGACAGUGCCAGCAAAGGAGCGAGUCCUCCAGAUUGUCACCAAAGCGGAGGGCCCCACAUGCGUCCUGACCAUUGCAGACCUCCAGUUGCAUGUGGGACUGCCGGUGUCGCCGGCAGACGGCAGCGGUGCAGAUGACCUGGGCUGGGAGAGAUGGAGCGGCCCACUGGCUGAUAAGCCCAGUGCCCUAUUCAGCAGCCAGGCGAACGUCGUGCGCGCGCCCUCCGCGCUGCACAUAGAGGUGCAGCUGGAUCUGGCAGGUGUGGGGCUGUCCUUCACGCGGCCCAGCCAGGAGGUGUUCUAUGCCAGCAUGUCAGGAAUCCGUGCGCGUACGACCACCAGCAAAGUGGACAACCCAGAUAGGGGGGCGAUCUAUCCGGUGGUACUGGCCAUGCCCGCGGCAGCGCCGGGCCUCAGCCUGACCAUCCUGCCGGAGACGCUGCCCUCGGGCACCCAGUCGCGCAGCUCCGCCCUGCGAGCCCGCGCAGCCGCCUGGAAGCGCAGACCUGCUUGCGUGCUCUGCGUGGAACGCCUGGAGGUGCACGUGUCACCGCUGGUUCUGGAGAUUGACCAGCAGCACAUCAUGGACAUCCUGGCAGCCGUCAACCAGGCCCUGCAGCCUUUCCAGAACCCCCACAGCACCAACAAGAGGAAGCCCGGGCUGGACCUGGACGUGGACGUCCUGGCGCCAGGCUACAAUACGCGGCAGCUGCAGCAGCUCAAGGUGUACAUCGCGCACCUGCUCGUGUCGCGCGUCACCGUCUACAUGAGCUUCCUGCCCGCCGAAUGGCGCCAUGCCGGCGCGGCCAGCGCCGACUACACUCCCGGGGGGGGCAGCAUAGGCACGGGGAUGCAGCGGCUGGUGGCGCUGGUGGGGGAGGUGGAGGGCGGCCGAGUCAGCCUGGCCCCCCUGCGCAUGGAGCACCCACUGCUGGGCACCACCGCGCUGCAGCAGCAGGUCUACAGCCACUACAUGCGCGCCGCCCUCCCUGAGCUCGUCAAGCUCGUCGGCUCCGCCAACGUGCUCGGCGAUCCGGUGCGGCUGUUCCACCACCUGGGCGCGGGCGUGUGGUCCUUCCUGGCCAGCCCAGCUGCCGGAUUGGUGGAGGGCGCACGCGGCCGCGCCCCCGAGCGCUUCGCGGCCGGCGUCGCCGCGGGACUGCGCGGCCUGCUCUCCAACAUCGUCUACGGCUUUGCCAGCGCCACCGCCAAAAUGAGCCGCGCCGCCCGCCAGGGGUUGGUGGUGCUGGGUUUCGAGCCGAGGGAUGCGGCGGCCGGCCCGUUGCGCGCGCGGCUUCGCAGGCGAGGGGAGCAGGCGAUGCUGGAGCCGGGCUUCCUGGACGCACUGCUCAGCGGCCUCGUCGGGGUGCUGUCAGAGCCUGUCAGGGGUGCGGACGAAGGGGGCCUGCCGGGGCUGGUGAGGGGGGCGGCGCGCGGGGCUGUGGGAGCGCUCGUGCUGCCGCUGGCGGCGGUGCUGGAGACGAGCAUGCGCGUGGCCGACAGCAUCCGCUCCGCCGUAAUGGGCAUCCCCCCUCUGCUGCCUCGCGCGCGGCCGCCGCGCCACGUCGCCCCCGACCUCCCGCUCGCGCCCUACAACUGGUCCGAGGCGAUGGGGCGGGCGUUGCUAGUGGGGCUGGAGAGGGGCCGCUACGCGGCCGCGCCCUUCCUGCUGUGCCGCCAGCUGGCCGGGGGGUCCGACUUUGCGGUGCUGACGCGGCGGCGGCUGCUGUGCAUCUGCGCGCCCAGCCACACUGCGCCGCCCUCGCUGCGCUGGGCCGUCGCGCUGGAAGACCUGUUCCACAUCCGCAGGCGCGCCCCGCAGCUUUGUGUGCAGGAGGCCAGGCUGGUGGUUGUUGCGCUGCAGCCGAGUGUUGUGCAGCCGGCGUCGCCCAUCGCGCUGCUGCGGCGGCCGCCCCUCGUCCGCCCCUCCCGCUCCCCUCUCUUCUCAGCGACGCUCGCCUGCAAGGGUGCUGGGGAUGCAGAGAUGCUGCAGCAGGCGGUGGAGUACGCGCAGGCCAGCGCGCAGGUGCACUCCCUGGCGCAGCUCCUGGAGCGCAUCAGCCACUCGCAGCACUGGUGGCAGGCGCGCGCUGCCGCGGGAACAGAGCCGGCUCUGCUCACAGGCGGAGAGCUGAGCACGCAGGGAGGGCUGGUUGUGAGACGAGCGUCCGAGGAGCUGACGGGUUCGGAUUCGCGUGAGGAGCUGCUGGCAGCGCAGAUCUUGGCUGCUGUGAGGCGGACAUCUGGAACCCGAGAGGCGCAAAGCUCUUUGUAG